CCGACGCCAGGCUCUCAUCAGCAAGCGACAACACCGACGUCGCCCGCCGCGCCAGCUUCCUCGGCAACCACCGCGCCACCGGCACCAACAGCCAGCGCCAGCUCGACCUCGCCGAGCGCCUCCUCGGUCGCGAGCAACAGCGCGCCGGGUCCGCUCCAUAUACCCGCGAAAAGGCUGACCGCCACGCCGGCCGCUUCCUCGUACGGCGAGGUCGGCUGCGUCGAGUCGUCCGCCGGUGCCGGCGCUGGGCCAGCGGGCGUUAUUCGUCAUUCCCACUCGUCGUCGGCCGGAUCCCAAGGCGGCUGGAGCUACAGCCCGCAUCAUCCCCAGGACUCGCACUACUCGUCCGCGGCGGCUGCGGCUGCUGCUGCGGCUGGUGACUCGUUGAACCACCAUCAGACAUACGGGGGCAACAAUCCCCCGACCUACUACAACCUGGCGGCGGACCCGACCUCCACUUCCGGUUCCUCCAGGGACAACCGGAAGGCUGGCUCGCUGAGCUUCUGGUCGCCAGCCGCGGCGACCGCUGGCUCCGCGGCGUCCGGCGGUUCGGCCUCCGACUACAAGUCCUACAACUCGGCCGGGGUAUCCACCACCAGCUCGUCGACCGGCGCCGGCUCAUCCUCCGUGGCGACCGGCGCCGCGGACCCGGCCGUGUCCUCCUGUCAUCAGAGCUUCUCGCAGAGCUGGUGCAACUACGCGCCGUACACCACCGCCAGGCAUCAUCACCCCGUGGACACGGCCGGUCAUCAUCAUCCCCACUCGCAGGCGGGGGUUCCUUAUCUCACGCCGUCCGCGGCGGACGACCGGGGCAGGGUCACUGCCGCAAUGGUCGCCGCCGAAGGAGCGUUCCCGCACGAUGGAUACGGAGGACUCAGGAAUUACGGGGCGCCGGAGCCUGUCACGUCCAGCCCCUAUCCACCUCCAGUGAUGUGGGGUUCCUCCCCAUCUUCGUUGUUUCCCGCAGGUUCCCUGGCGGGAGUGGGCGUCGGGGUCGGCGUGGCCGGCAUGGGUGUCGGCUGCGGCAGCUCGAACCCGCUCGAAUGGACCGGGCAGGUGACGGUGCGGAAGAAGCGCAAGCCGUACUCGAAGUUCCAGACCCUGGAGCUGGAGAAGGAGUUCCUGUUCAACGCGUACGUCUCGAAGCAGAAGCGCUGGGAGCUGGCGCGCAACCUGAACCUGACGGAGCGGCAGGUGAAGAUCUGGUUCCAGAACCGGCGGAUGAAGAACAAGAAGAACACGCAGCGGCAGACCCAGCAGCAGAACAACAACAACAACAACAACAGCAGCGCGAACAACGCGAACCACCACGGGGCGACCGGAAGCCAUCACCAUCCGAGCGCGGGGCACGCGCCACCGUCGAGUCACCACGUGGUCGCGCAGGCGCACCACGCGAACGGAUCCGCGAAGCAUCAUCAGUGACCCGUGGCCUUCUCUGGGGUCGUCUUCGGCCAUCCUCAUCACAGCCACAGCUCCACGAACGGCUGCGCCGCUGGCAACGCGGGCUCAUCCUCCGCGGCCAGCGCCGGGAACAACGCCGGACACACGGCCGGUCACGCGGGCCUGGUUACAGGCCACAGCCACACGCUUCACGCGCCCCAGCCGCAAACACCUCUGCCGACCCACGCGGCCGGUGCCUCGAGCACCGUCACGCCCCCCACCGCCAUCGUUCACCCGCACAUUCACGCACACGCUCAUCAUCAUCAGUUGGCGCACGUGGCUCAGCAGUAUCCAGCGCUCCUCCAUCAUCAGACGCCCCACGGCCUGGCCGCCUGAACACCCACACCAGGGAAUGGCGAACCAAAUUCGGACACCCCAGAGAAAAACCAUUCGGACGAGAUCACCGUGCCGGGAUCGUCACGACGGAUCCUAACGCCGGCUCGUUCAAGCGACAACUCCUCCGACGGUUGUCUUCGUGGUCCCACGUCGUCACGGAAGACGCCCGGCGUCUACACUUGAUCGGAUCCACCCCUCUUCAACCGAAGAUCGACGAGGGAUCGCGGGAGUACGCUAUUUUAUCGAACUUUGUUCAGCAGCUGUUGAAAGACUGCCCCUGAAAACCCCCACCCCCCAGAACCCCCAGCCCUCUACCACUUGUAAGGAGAGAUAACGUUUCGCGAGUAGUAUAUUAUUAAUUAUUAUUUUAUUAUUAAUAUUAUUAACGGUCAUCGUCAUCCUCGUCACCCGUCAUGAACGCGGUCGCCGGGUUUAGCAACGGCGACCCAGUGGAACACUGUAUAGAACCAGGGUGGAGAGAAGCGGAACAUACGCGGCGUCCUCGGAACGUCCAUCGGCAAGACUCUUCUUUGAUCCGCGUGUCGUUCGGUGUCUGGUGUCGUCGGUCUUCUUCGUGUCGCGCGCAUCAUUACCGUAACAUGCGCCGCCGAAUGCAAUCUGUCCAAUUCGUAACGAUUCGGUAGUACUUCCUCCAGUUAUACAUAUUAUAUAUAUAUAUUAUAUAUAUAUAUAGUAUAUAUAGUAUACAUAUAUAUAUUAUAUAUAGUAAAGAAAAUUAGUGUCACUUAGUGUCUGCCCUCGUCCCAGCCGCGAAUCCACGAAUCCUCGUCCCCGUUCCUCCGUUUCCAUCCGUUCAAAAAUUCGCCAACGGUUUUCUUCUCCCGAGCCCAGUCGUCAUCUCCUAAGUCAUCAGGUCGGAACCACGGGACGUGUUGCACUGUUCAGCUCGUCCAUCGAGGGGAAUGUCGCGCGGACGAGUCUCUAAGCUAGAGGCGGCGAUCGUCGCGGAACCGUUCCGGCGGAGACGCGAUCGGCUAUAGUGGCUGCGGCACGGUCUCUCGAGGAUCGCCGGAAGCCCAGGAUCGAACACUGCGGUGGUAAGUGUGGGAAACGAAAGGGGUUGGCUCGCGGAUCACGUUGGCGCUCUUGGGAUCAACCGUCGAGAUCCUUUGGUUCGAGCUUUCGCGAAUAACGUCGCGGUUUAUUCUGGGUUUUAACGAUGAAUUUAGAUUAAUGGCGAAUUCACUGCGAAACUAAUCGAUUUAGCCACGCAUGAUGUGGGUUGUUUUGGGGCUUUCUUUGUUUCUUGGCGGUCACCGUGAUUUCGGGCUUGUGACUUUGCAGCGGUUGGCUCCGCGAGGAGGCUACCUUCGAGAUUUGCGAGGCGGUUCUUUAAUGUUUCUUUUUUCGAGAGUCUAUUAUGGAAUUGUUACUGUUUGUUUCAUUUUUCAAGUGUCGCUUCGAGUGCGCGCAACCGAGGACUGCUCAGUUUUACCGACCAGUGUGAAUAUCUGUUUUGGGACUGGGUUGGUUAAUGCUUCGAAGUUGAUGCGGGAUGUUCGUGAAGUACGCCUCUGAGACAUUGGUGUAAUUAUUAGAAUGUCCAACAGUUACGCCGAUGUCUUGAUACAUGUUUAGAGUUCACUUCGUCGUGUUUUAUUUCGCUCGCGCACGGCCAAUGGCGAGAAAUUUCGAAACCGGAGCGUUGGCGUUGCUAUUAUUCGAUCGAGUAUCGUAAGUGGACGUUUCUAUUUGUCCCUGUGCAGGUUUAGUUGGUCGGUAGUGGAGUCACUAGUGAGAGGCAUACUUUACUUAAUUAACAUCAGAGGUUAAAAAUCAAUGGCUAUCGUUCCAAGGGUUUUUCAUUGGGUUCUUGAAUGGCGGUAGGAAUUAUAAUCGCGGACCAGAGAGGUAUAUCGUCUAACGAUCCAGCAUUUUCAAUUUUAAUUAAGUUCCUUUCCUACUAACAGACUUCCGGUAGAUAAAACGUUAAUAAAAUCAGCAAACGUGGAAAGAUAUUACACGGGUACAUGUAUUAUGGAUCGAGUUUAUCAAAAGAAGUUGUACCGUAACAAAGGUCUACAAGUUACCUCGCCGUAAUUACAGAGCAUUGUGCCUGAAAGUGAAAAUUAUCAAACUAUAAAUAAAUCAAACUGGUCGGUAAAGUGAAAGUGCCGAGACAACGAAACGAGCGCACCGCGGGAAAGUGAGAAAGAAAGAGAUAUUGCGAAGGUUAGUCGCUCUUUCGCGGAGAUGAAGAAUAGCUCUUUCGCGGAGAUAAAGAAUACAUUUUUUAUACAGAAAGAGGAUUAUUCUUUUUCAUACGAAAACGGUGGUUCUGCGAACGAACCGCUUGUUUCUCUCAAAAGAAAAAAAUCGAAUAAUUCGUUCACGAGGAAAACCUCUCUCGCGGAGGAAAAUGGUGGCUCUCUCGCGAACCCAGCUGCUCGCUGAACGAACAGUCGCUAAUAUUCAUAGAACGAUGACCGCUACUGUCUGUGAUUCCCGGAAAGUACUAAAUUAUUAGACGGUGCUUCUACUCGAGUCUCCGAAUCGCGAGAAGUCGAGAAACCAGCGACGGAACGAGCAAGCAAAGAAAGAACCGUCGCGUCGAGGCGAGAAUCCCACGGAAAUCCAACGUCGUCCGAAUUCGUUGUCGUUGACGGAGCUGGACAGUGGGACCGACAUCCGACAAAGUUCCACGCAACAGUCCCCGAUUCGUAGAUCGGCAGAUCCAAUCCGCAGAGAAAUUCGUUCGGACCGAGUAAACGGGAGAAAAUGAGCUCGCUCGGCCGCUGAUGGAUCGAGAGCGGUCGGACCUUUGUAGAUAACUUCUCUAUCCAUCGUCCGACCUUGUUUCGUCCGCUGGAGACGUCAGCGGCCGGCGAAGAUCAUCGCGAAGAGAUCGAGGUUGGCAACUGGGACCGGGUGCUGAGAUCUCCAACGCGUUGUCGCGCGAAGAAUCGUUGCUAGAUCCGACCGACAUGAUUUCUCUUGUCCCCUGUAUAAUGAUGAUCAUCGGUGUCCCUUUUGGAGAACGGACCCGGUCCCACGGCAACCGCGCGUUCGGAGAAUUAGUCUAAUUAUGUCCAGAAUGUCGUAUUCAUCGCCUACCAAGGAUCGCAAACUAGUACCUAUAAUUCUUAUAUUAUAUGUAAAAAAACCACACACACGUACACAUACAAACAUACACACGCAUAUACGUACACAGAGAGAAAGAGACGAAGACAUAUGCAGACACACAGGAACACGAAGACACGACUUAGAUUUAAAGGUAUACCUUAGUGGACCGGACGGUCGAGAGCACCGUUCUAAGGCCGAGUUUAGGACCCUCCGUUAGAGCUCGGCCUGUCUCGCGGCGACUGAUCUCGCGCUCGCUGCCCGAGCGGCCCGAGGUUCGAGCAGGUGUACAAUUGCGGUACUUAAGAGAUCGAGGAUCCCGAUCCGUUCAUUUCGGCAGGUGUCAUCGCGCGUUGCGUUUGAACGCGAGGGCUUUGUUAAUCGUUUCAUUAGUAUUAUUAGCUUGUUAAACUGUGUUCUCGAUGAUCCUCCGAGCCUCCUCGCGAACGCAUCCACGCCGUUGGAACUCGGGGACCGAUGGAAUGGGGGAUGGUCGUUGGGUUGGCGGAAAGAAUGACGCGACGUUAUACCCGCGUCGAGGCGGUGUAAUGCAUUUUAAUUGGGGAUUAACGUUCGAUCGAGGUCUUAAUCGUAUCGGAAAUAACGAUCGCUCCGACGCGUCGGCCAUUCGUUUUGCGCCAACUUAACGGUUGCCGUUUAGUUAAAAGAAUUUCAUUGGAGACGACGAUAUCGGAUUUAUACUCGCGGAGGAU